CUGCUCGGGGAAGUAGAGGCGCGCACGCCGGGUAUGCGCCGUCAGCAUGGGCUCGUGGCUCGGCGAGGUGCAGUGGCUCUUCCUGGUGUCGCUCUUCGUCGCGGCCCUGGGCACCGUGGGCCUGUACUUGGCGCAGUGGGCGCUGGCCAAGGCGCGACCCCCGCCCCGGCGGCGGGCGGAGCCGGAUGAGCUAAGGCGCCAGGAGUCGGACACACUCCUUUCCUGGAUACUGACACGGGAUAGCUGGGGGAACCAGUGGCUGGCAGCCUGGGUGACCGCCCUGAACUAUGAGGCCGAAAGGAGUGGGGGUCCACUGCGUCUCUCUUUCCAGAAGGACCCACGGCCACAGUCCUUGCAACUGACGGUUGGGGAGGUAUCCAGUGUGGUCAAGUCGGCCCAGGAGAAGAUGGUGAUCUGUCGUGUGGUGGGCGAGAAUCUUCAGUUCUUGGUCAGUGCAGGCCCUGCCUCUACCACAGAGUGCCAGCUAUACGAUGUCCGGCUUUCCCCCUUUCAUUUAAAGGUGCAGUUCCACAUGCAAGAGAAGAGAGAAGACAUCCAGAUCACAUGGUCCUUCACCUGUGCACCAGAAACAGCCAUCAAGAUCCAGCCCCAGGCCCCAGGGGAGAAGCAGGUACUGGAGGUAAACGUGCUUUCUGAAGCCCUCAAGGAUCUUUUCAAGCACCUAGUUAGUGCUGCCUCGCCAUCUGUUUUCCUGAGCACCAAGCCCAUGCAGGCCAAGGAAGCUCAGACUCUACAGUGCACUUCCUCCACUGCUCAGGAACCCUGCCCUCCCAAACCUCCAAGGGCUCAUGAACUAAAAUUGCAGGUGAAGAAUAUCCGAGUUUCCCUGCUAAACCACCCUGGUGCUUCAGGCAUUAGCCAUAUGUGUGUGGCCCAGCUGAACGAGCCUGCACAGCGAUUCAUCGGCACCCUAGUGAGAAACACUACUGACCUCAGCUGGGAGGAGGAGCUCACCUUUGAACUGAAUGCCAAAUCCAAGGAGCUGCUCCUGCAGAUCUCACAGGACGAGUGCUCGUCUGAAGGUCUGAUGGGGAUAGCAACCGUUCACCUGGACUUAUUUAGGAAGCAGCCUAAUGGCCCACAGACCUUCAGACUGGUCAGUGGGACAGAGCCUGAAAGCUCGGUGUUGGGCUCAGUCACUGCAGAGUUUUCUUACGUAGAACCUGGUGAUCUGAAGUCCUGGCCAGCUCCUCCCCUCGUUUCUGCUGCAAAGAUAGAAAAGGACCGUACAGUGAUGCCAUGUGGGACUGUGGUCACCACUGUCACUGCCGUGAAGACCAAACCUCGCUUUGACACUGGGAGGGCAUCCCCGUUGAGCUCAGAGUCCCCUGUGAGGACACCUAUCAAAGUGAAGGUCAUUGAGAAGGACAUCUCUGUCCAGGCCAUUUCGUGCCACAGCGCCCCCGUCAGCAAGACACUCUCCUCUUCUGACACGGAACUGUUGGUACUGAACGGCUCAGAUCCUGUGGCUGAAGUUGCCAUUCGGCAGCUCAGCGAGUCCUCAAAGCUGAAACUGAAGUCCCCACGGAAGAAAAGCACCAUCAUAAUUUCAGGGAUCUCCAAGACCUCACUAUCUCAGGACCACAAUGCUGCCCUCAUGCUGAACUACGCAGCUUCUAUGGACAGCACCAACCAGGGAGAGGCCACUUCUGCUUUGUGCCAUCCAGAGGCAACUGAAGCCUCUGCCGCCCCCCCACCUGAAGAAAAUGAGCCAGCCCAAGCCCUACCUGCCCUCGAGCCCAGAGAGGAGGAUCUAGAUUCCUGGGACCUGGAGAAGGAGUCUCCGGUAGCAUCGUGGAGCGGUCCAGUCUUGCAGGAGCCUGAUGGGGACGAACUGUCAGAGAGCUCCCUGAGUACUUCAGAGCUAGGAGCCAUCAAGAAGCAUAAAGAAGGAAUCCUAAGGAAAGGUGCCAAGCUCUUCUUCCGCCGGCGACACCAUCAGAAAGACCCAAGCUUGAGUCAGUCGCAUAACGACCUGGUAUUCCUGCAGCAGCCAGAGGGGAGGCAGAAGAAGGGGGCGACCCUCGGCCGGCUCCUGAACAGAAAGCUGCUUACCAGGCACAGAGGCAAACACACCCUCAAUGGACCACCCAGAGAGCCCUGCAUAUAGCCCGAGUCACCUCCUAUCCUCACAGCUGGAGGAUGACCAGUACCAUCAGAUGCCUGCUUGUCUAGCUUGGGUUUUUCCCCCAAUAAUCUUGUCUUCUAAAGGGAAAAAAAGCAAUCUGUGUGUAUGGCUGGGAAGCUUCUGAUAACACAGUCCAGUUUGCUACCAGAUACUCAGUGUCUCAUGCCAUCCCAGUGCCGAGGGAGAAUGUAAGAGGGAGACUUGCAUCAUUGAAGCCAUGUGUGGGCUGAUGGACUAUGGAUGGUAGGCAGGAGGGAUCCCAGUCCACCUACUUCUUCCUCUCUCUUGCAGGACUAUUGGGGUUCAUGUCUAGACCAUGUCAUGAGGGAGAGGUGUUCCUCUGGGCUGUUGCUAUGAGCAGGAUGGGCUACCUCACCUAACUUGUUUAGAAUUAAAAAGGGCACCUGGUGCCGGGGACAGGAGUAUGGAUGUAGACAGGAAUUUUGACCCAUGGGGAAAAGAUAGGAAAAGAUGUGCUUCGACAAGUGUGAGGUGUUCACCUUUGAUAUUAGCCAUAGAAAUUAAAAAGUAUGCAAACACUAA